UAAUUCUCAAACUGGUCUUCAUUGACUUCCCACUCGUGUUUAAGGUUGCUUUUCCUCAGAGACAGAGGGUUUAAUCAUUGGGAUUUAGGAUUUUGAGACUGGAGACGAUGAAUGUGAAAUUGCAGAUGAAUUAAGAGUUUAUGUCUAGCUUCAAGACUGGUCCAUGUGCUGUUAAGCUGGACCACACACAGGAGCUAUAGCAGCAAGGGAGUCCUUCAGCCCGGCAUCGCCAUGACUCAUCUCCAUCAUUGGAUCACAUGGGGAACGUGCAUCAUACUGCUCUUCAUUCCCAGCCUGAUUAGAGUCAAAGCGGGAGAGAUAUCAGGACCGUGUGAAGGCAGAGACUGUUCCGUCUGCAAAUGUCUGCUUGUGAAAGGAGGAAGGGGAGCCCAUGGAGCCCACGGAGGGCAGGGGUCACGCGGGCCUAACGGGCCAAUCGGAGCAACCGGACGUCCCGGCCAGAAGGGCAAACGAGGACAGGAGGGCCAGCCCGGACCAAUGGGGCCCAAGGGGGACCGGGGUGUGACAGGACCACCAGCUUUUGGCGGGCUACAUGGAUUAGAUGGUUUACCAGGAGAAGGAGGUCUACCUGGUGAGACAGGUGUGGAUGGAUGCAAUGGGACAAGAGGACGGACUGGUACCCCAGGACUCACAGGAGAGAGGGGGCCCUUAGGCCCACGGGGUUCUCCAGGAAUAAAAGGAAUGAAGGGUGAGCCCCAGUAUAGUGGGGCUACACUAGAGGGUCCGGGAGUUCCUGGGCCCCCUGGUUCUCCUGGUUUACCUGGACCCAGAGGAUUUAAGGGUCUGCCUGGCCCAGACGGAAAAAGAGGUAUUGAUGGUAGGAAUGGGGCCAAUGGUGUAAAAGGUGACACUGGAAGAUCGCUGCCAGGCGAGCCAGGAGAUGAGGGAGAUGUGGGACAACCUGGACCACCAGGACAACUUUUAGAAGUAUCUGAGCCUCCACCGGAAUUCUUUACCAAGGGGGCAAAGGGUGACAAAGGCGACCCUGGAUUAUGUGGACUCAAAGGCCGACCAGGGUUUGCAUUACCUGGAAACCCAGGAGAAAAGGGCAUUCUUGGAUAUGUUGGCGCUCGUGGUGAACAUGGCAGUCCGGGAGCAACAGGACCUGGGGGUGUUAAGGGCCCCUAUGGAAAUCCUGGGCUUCCAGGAAUAAAUGGACUCCCCGGUGCUAAGGGAGAAAAAGGACAGACUGGCUCGAAAGGAGUUUCAAGUUUUGCAGAUGGGACAUCUGUUCCAGGGCCUGAGGGAGAUCCAGGAGAUUCAGGAGACCCAGGGUUGCCAGGUGAAACGGGCUCGAUGGGGGCCCCAGGGCAGCCAGGUCCUCAUGGCCAAACACAACCAGGCUUUGAUGGCAGACCAGGAUUUAAAGGCCCUCCAGGUUUGCCGGGCUUGCCGGGUGACCCAGGGCAGUUUUACAAUGGUGAGGGCGCUACUGGAGCUGCCGGUUUGCCAGGGCCCCCUGGUCCAAAAGGGAAUCGAGGACGCCCAGGUGUGAGUAGAGGAUGCUUCGGCUACUGUGAUCCUGGUUUCCCGGGUGUUAAUGGGGAGAAGGGUGAUCGAGGUGAACCUGGACAAGCUGGUGUGAAAGGGCUGAGAGGCUAUCCUGGAGAGUGUUUGUGUGAUUCGUCCCCUGAUCGUCAGGGUCCCACAGGACCUCGAGGACCAGACGGCUCUCCUGGUUACCAAGGUUCAGUGGGCCCAGCUGGAGCAAGGGGGGACCCUGGCUUCAAUGGAGACCCUGGAUCUGUAGGCCUUGAUGGAAUCCCAGGGGUACCUGGUCACCACGGUGUCAAAGGCCAGAAGGGAGAAUCCUAUUUUGGUGCAAAAGGCAGGAAGGGUGAGCAGGGGGUUCCGGGAUCACCUGGUAAUAAUGGAGCUCAAGGUCCACCUGGCCCUGAUGGAGCCCAUGGACCUGAUGGAGAUCAAGGGCUCCCAGGUGAUAGCUAUACUGGAUGUGCAGGUGACAAGGGAUACCAAGGUUUGCCUGGGCCAAAAGGACCUCCAGGCCCACCAGGACCCCCUGGUCCAGGUAUCCCUGGCCCAGCCGGAGACAGAGGACUAGAGGGAGAUAUAGGACCACAGGGCCCCCCUGGUUUUCCUGGGCCUCCUGGACCUAGGGGCGAUAUAUGUGAGCAGCGCUGUGAAGUUGGAAGAGGUCCAGAUGGCCCUCCAGGACUACGUGGACCGCAAGGAGUUCCCGGGAGAUCUGGAGGUCAAGGGCAGCCGGGGACGCCAGGUCCUCCUGGACCACCAGGAUUGAAAGGGCCGAAAGGGGACGAUGUAUUCCGUCAAUCGUUGGGACCCCCAGGAAGCCAAGGUCCAUCUGGUGAUCCGGGUGAUCCAGGCCGUCCGGGACACGUCGCAGAUGGCCCACCGGGCCACCCAGGUCACCAGGGGCCUCCAGGCCCGAAAGGACGACCAGGUGAUGGUGGGGGGCCAAAUGGCAUUCCUGGCCCUGUUGGACGAAGAGGAUCUUCUGGACCCCCUGGACUAAAGGGUGUAAAGGGAACACCUGGCCUACCUGGUGGACCAGGAGGCCGGGGCUAUACAGGGACCAGUGGUUACAAAGGGCAUAUCGGAGACCCCGGGCCCCCAGGGCCCUCAGGUCCUCCAGGACGUCCAGGGGUGGUGUGUGAACCAUUGCCAGGCUCAGUGGGUCUGCCUGGUCCAGGAGGAGCCAUUGGACCUGUAGGUUCCAAAGGUUCCAAAGGUGAAACUGGGCCGCCAGGCCCCACAGGUCCUGGUCCCAAAGGACCCCCAGGGUUGCCUGGAGCACCUGGUCUACUAGGACCCCCUGGGUUAGCAGGACGGCCUGGGCUGCCCGGAGACCCUGGACUACCUGGCCUUAACGGAAUGAAAGGUAACAGAGGUGUCCCAGGAAUACCUGGCUUUGGGGGACCUGGAAAUCGGGGAGUGACAGGCCGCCCUGGAAGAAAAGGAGACCCAGGUUACCCAGCACGGGAUGGGGAUGAUGGUGACCGAGGCUUCAAAGGAGUAAAAGGUGAGAGGGGAUACCCAGGGCCUCCAGGACUUUCACCCAUUCUACAGCAGGGUGAAAUGGGAAACCCGGGACCUCCAGGGCCAAAUGGACGUCCUGGAGACAGAGGUGAUAAGGGUUUCCCAGGACCACCAGGUCGGCCAGGUCCGAACGGUGUGGACGGCCCACCUGGGUAUCAGAAAGGCCCGCGAGGUCCGCCAGCAUGGUGCGAACAUCCUGGACUCCCCGGCCCUCCUGGACCUCGGGGAGAUCGGGGGCCCAGUGGGGUUCCUGGAUUCGAUGGUGGCAAGGGUGACCCAGGUGUCUCAGGAGCGCCAGGUCCAUAUGGACUGCCAGGCUUAGAUGGCAUGAAAGGUGAACCAGGGCCCAGCCAAGGACUCCCCGGGCCUCCAGGGCCGAAAGGAUUGCCGGGAGACACUGGUCCUCCAGGGACAAGUGGAGACCCGGGAGAGAAGGGUGACUAUGGCUAUCAUGGAUUACCUGGCCCCAAAGGAAACCAAGGUCCCACAGGGCUCCCAGGCCCUGCUGGUCCUCCAGGAUCUGGUUUCGGUGGUCCCCCAGGCCCCAUUGGCCCUGAAGGACCUCCAGGCCCUAAAGGUUACCCUGGACCCACAGGUCACCCGGGCCCAACAGGAGAUCCAGGUCUGCCUGGUCUGGAUGGCCUUAUAGGCUCAAAGGGAGAGAGAGGAUCAAGUGGGUCAGGUGUAGGUUUCCCAGGACCCCCUGGUUUUCCUGGAGAUCAAGGCCCACGAGGAGAACCAGGACUCAAAGGAUUCUCUCAACCAGGAUCAAAGGGUUUCAGAGGCAAUCCAGGAUCACCAGGCCUCCUAGGUGUCCCGGGGCCGCCAGGCAAUCCUGGGAGAGACUGCACGCAGAGCAACAGAGGACCUGUUGGAGAUCCAGGCCCCCCUGGCCAUCAUGGCCCUCCAGGACAGAGUGGUCCUCCAGGACCGCCCGGCCCAACACAUGCCUACCGAGGAGACAGUGGUGACCCUGGACGGCCAGGCCAGCCGGGACUCAAAGGGGACCCGGGAGCCCUUGGGCCUCCAGGACCCCCAGGAUAUAAUGGACCCGCUGGCCCUAAAGGACUCAGAGGAUACGAGGGUCCCAGAGGACCACCUGGUCAUGCAGGCCAGCCUGGUUUCCCUGGUCCCCAAGGCCUCCCAGGAAUCUCAGGACCGCCUGGUCCACCAGGCCGAAAGGGUGAGCAAGGUGUAGUUAUAGGUGUUAUAGUUACGCCACCUGCUGGACUUAAAGGCCUCCCUGGUCCUAGCCAUGGCCCUCCUGGUCCGGCUGGCCCUGCUGGCCCCACUGGAUCUCCAGGAUUCAAAGGACCCAAAGGUGCAGAGGGGUCUCGUGGGUCAUCUGGAGGAGAUGGUCCUGAGGGACCUCCUGGACUCAGAGGAGAUCCAGGUGAUCCUGGAGUCAAUGGAUUUGUGGGACCUGAAGGCCCACAAGGGGAAACAGGAGACCCUGGUUUCCCAGGAAGCAUAGCAUCAGUUAGCCCUGGCUUCCUAUUGGUCAUUCACAGCCAGUCAGCAACCAUACCCAAGUGUCCUCGGGACAUGCAUGAGAUGUGGAAUGGCUACAGUCUUCUCUAUCUGGGAGGACAAGAGAGAGCUCACACACAGGACCUUGGUCAAGCAGGUUCUUGCAUGCCCACCUUCAACACCAUGCCAUUCAGCUACUGCAACAAAGACUCCUGCGACUACGCCAGCCGCAACGACAAGUCCUAUUGGCUGUCCACCACCGCCGCUGCGCCCAUGAUGCCCAUGGAGGGCCACAACAUCUCGCUCUUCAUCAGUCGCUGCGUGGUGUGCGAGAUCCCGUCCCCCGCCGUGGCCUUCCACAGCCAGGGCGAGGAGAGGGUUGGGUGUCCAGCAGGCUGGAGGACACUGUGGCAAGGAUACUCAUUCCUUUUGUCCACUGGCACAGGAGAUGAGGGGGGUGGCCAAUCCCUGACCUCCCCAGGAAGCUGUUUAACGGACUUCCGUACCCAACCCGCCAUCGAGUGCCAGGGAGCCAGAGGCACAUGCCACUACUUUGAGAACUUGUACAGUUUUUGGUUGACCAGCGUUAGCCUUUAUGAUCAAUUCAUAGUCCCCCCAACGCCAGUCACACUCAAAGGUCCGACGGAACAGAGAAAUCGUGCAAGCAAAUGCCACGUGUGUAUGAGGAGCAGCAUACAGUUACAGCAACAGUAAUCUGAUUACAUAACAUUUUUAUGUAGAUCAUACAUUUUUAUGAAUUCAUUUUUAUGAAUUACAAUCUACAAUCCCUGUUUUCUUUACUUUUUAAUUGAAGUUUAGUGUGAAGUAUUAUCUUUUGUGAGAUCCUUUCGUUGGUUGUCAUGAUUUGUAAUUAUACUUCAUCAAAAGGAUAAAGACAAAGUUCUAUGUCAGUGUUAAUCCCCAUAAAUAUACAUAGCAGUUUGGUUUAAUUAACAAAUUAGAACUACAUGUAUGUGAUAUUGUGAACCUAUUCAUUCAAAGCUGUAUUUUUCAUUUCUGCAUAAUCAACAAAUAUAAUUUCUUAUUCUCCUUUGUAGUAAUUAGUAUUUGACCAUUUGCGAUAGAAUUAAUGAAAGCUAUCUGACCAGCUUUAGUUCGAUAAUUACAUUCUUCUGUAUAAUUAUAUAAAAACGUAAUAUUGAUCCUAAAUGUGUUGUAGACUGUUCAAUAACAAGCUAUCCUAAACUAAAGCUCAUUGAAUCCUUAGAUCAGUUUGUCAAACAUUCUGUAUUUGGCAUUUUUUGUUUCUUCUAGUGUCUCAGUUGGUCCCAUAUCGCCCUGUAUGUAUGCUAGACCUGAUUUAUCAUGGUCCUCUCGGAUUGUCAAUGUUCAUUCAUGGCAUCUAACCUGCCUCUGAUAUGUUACAAUUUGAACAUUGUGAUCAAUUUUUGUUUAAUGUGACUUAAGGGUGCUGUGUCCAGUUUUAAUGUAUUAUGUGUUUUACAAUCAACUCUGUCUUUCGGUGCAUGAGAUGUCAUACCAUGUAGUAAUAUCUGAUGUGGUUCUGUAUGCAUUUGUGUAAUCCAUCAGUGCCCUCAGUGGACAUG